UGGUAAAGUUUGACGCACCGACGUUCAUAGUGCAGACGAUUGAAACCAGUGAACUACGCGGAGUAUUUCCCGGUGAUAGAAAAGAAUUCGGCGGCUUCGGGGUGAUAAGAAGUUCGGCGCCUACAAUCUCACGUCUGACCGUGAACGGAGCUAUAUUAUCCUCCACCUGCACUUGGUUGUUUCGAAGUUUUGCCACUGGUUUCUUAGAGCGCUUAACUUUCACAGGGAAGUUAGCGUUUGGAUACUUUGGCACAAGACUCGACACAGCGUGUUAACUUCUCCGUUGCGGGUAGAGUAGAGACAUAUUUAACGCUCAAAGUUGAUGAAUAGAAAGUGUUGACAAAAACUUCCUUGAUCGAGCGGACUUUUUUCUUUUUCUUUCUUUCUUUCUUUUCUUUUCCUUCUUUCUUUUUUUUUUUUUUUUUUUUUUUAAUAUAUCAGUUGACGCAGUGGAAGGAAAACAUUAAGGUUUCUCAGACAUAUAGCCUAUUGCCAGUAUGAGAGGACCGGUAAUGUUCCAGAUCUGGAUGGUUUUAUUUUUGGGGAGUACAACCAAACUCGGGAUGGCUCAGGUCUCUACAGCCAGAGUGAUGAGGGGCAACAACAGGAGAGACGACAGCAAUCGCCUCACCACAGACUUGUACCACAAAGAAGAAAACAUCACUGUAACACCAGUGGGUGGAGCCAUCCAAAGCCCACGCUACCCCAACGCUUACCCUCGCAACCUGCUGUUGUCAUGGAAACUGCUGUCGCCGCCGGGGACCCGCAUACACCUGGAGUUUGAGGGACGCUUCGGCCUGGAGGAGGCUGAGAAUGGAGUGUGCAGGUAUGACUUUGUUGAAGUGGAGGACCAGUCAGAGACCAGUACUAUAAUUUGGGGUCGCUGGUGUGGACAUAAGACACCACCUAGUAUCAACUCCAAAAGCAACACACUCCGAGUCACCUUCAAGUCUGAUGAUUACUUUGUUGCAAAGCCCGGAUUCAAAGUCUACUACACACUGCUGUAUGACUCUCCUCUGCCUGCAUCCAGCAACAACUGGGAGGAUGUUACAAUGACCAUGUCGGACAGCGCUGGAGGGAAGAUGUCAACUGCAGUCACAGUGCAGGCCUCCUUCACGCUGGAGGAUUUAGACAGAACCAUAGCUGCCUUUGACACUGUCGAACAGCUUCUCAGAUCCCUGAACCCACACACCUGGAGGCAGGACCUGGACAGCAUCUAUACAUAUACACACAUACAUUAUAGAUCCAGGGCCUAUCAUCUGGCAAGCAGACAUAACAAAGUCGAUCUGAACCGUCUCAACGACGACGUCAGGCGCUACAGCUGUACUCCUCGUAACUACACCGUGAACCUGCGCGAGGAGCUAAAGACCACCAACGCUGUCUUCUUCCCUCGAUGUCUCCUGGUAAAACGCUGCGGAGGCAACUGCGGCUGUGGAACUUAUAACUGGAAUAAUGGCUGUACCUGUCAGGCCUCAAAAACAACAGUCAAACUACACGAGGUGUUAAAGUAUGCUCCAGAAACCACUCUCUAUCAGCACUAUCAGAGGCCACGUGUGCGCUGGGUCAUUGAUGAAAUAUUCCUCACACAUCACGAAACGUGCGAGUGCGCUUGUCCCUCCCAGCCUCCUCGCUGAGACACUCUGGAAUAGUUCAAUCAUUGAUCAAUGAUUUUUUAAUUUUUAUUUUCUUAAUCCGUUUUUUGCAUUGGACUUCAUAUAAUAAGAGCGGCACUGAGACUUAUGUGGCAAAGAACAAGGCGACUGACUGAUAAGGCAUCACACACAAUGACAUUUGUUCUAGCAGUUAAACCUCUUACAUUUUUAUGCGCACAGGCAAAAAGUUGUAAGUGCAUAAAUAUUUUUUUAAUUUAACUUUCUGGAACCUGGUGUUUAGACCACAUCUCAUGUGGGCUUGCUCCUGAGGAAUUGUCUUUGAGUUUAAAGUUUUCUUAGCUGAAAACGUAAUGCUGAAAAUCACUGGAAUACAAUGGUUUUCAGGUUUUACAGAAGUAUACAACAUGUGAUUAAAGUUUUUUAUUGGAUGCCAAGUUGACUAGAUUGAAACAUGUGAACAGUCCUUUACUCAUGUUUCAUGUGGAUGUAUUUGCAGCUUCCUAGCGUUAAAAAUAAGACUGCUUCUAGAAACUUCAGAUGGUUCUUCUGCUGGAAUCAUGCUGAGAUGAGUGAAUGUGAGACAGACGGAGUGAGAAAGAGGGGUUGGAGGACGUUUACACCAAAAUAACACUUUAUCUUGUUGUGAAAUUAGGCUAUUAACUGCUUCCAGAUCUGCACUCCACAAACACACACACAUGUUCCAGCUACCAAAUGAUAAAUACUGUCGAUAGUUACACAAUUUCCUAAGGGUUGCUCUUGUUUGCACAUGUUGCUGUCUGGAUAUAUUAAUAUAUCAUUUCUAUAUGUACAUACCUUUGCAUUCUUCCUCCAUCAUUCACUCACAUCAAAGAGGAUGUCAGAAAAGGCUGCUGUGUUGUGUCCAGUUUCCUGAGCAUUCCUGGCAUUACAGCUGAUAAUCAUUGAACCUCUGACUUUGAACGUGCAACAGAGGAAAACGAGAGAGACUCAGGAAGAGAAGCAGAAGGUUUUUUUUAGGACAGGUGACAAACAGAAUAGGGCACAAUCAAACCAACUAUUUCCAAAUUACCAGCAGUCCUGGGUGAGCACUGAGUGAAAGGACGGUUUCAAGAUGCAACACAUAAAAGGUUGCUGCUUGCUCAACACUUUCAAUCAGCUCCUUCAAGUUGUGGCAUUUUUUUUUCCACACUCUUGAAACUGCUCUCAUGUAUCACAAUCUGACACUGUAAGUCUGCAGAGAUCUAAGGACUGGAGUAGUGUUCUUGGUCUCUGAUGAAAAUGCAGGUGAUACUUAAAUGUGUGUACCUGCCAGUCUCGCUGUAAGAGCUCUAUGGUUGGCAAGGGGAUGUGCGAGCAAGUAGACAUGUGUUGUGUGCAUGAGUAGGUAGCUAUCAAAACAAUCAGCAGCAUUAACUGCACCUAGCUCCCUACAUGAUCCAGCUGUGAGACACAAAAAAAGCAGCAUUCUCCAACUGUCCUUCAUCACCUUCUUUGAGUCCCACUAUCCAUGAGCUCCGACUCGUUUAGAGAAAAUUCAGAGAAAAUUCUACUUAUUGUACUAAAGACAGAAAAGGGGCAUUGGUAUGAUUCCUUGGUCAGCAAAACAUGACCAGCAGCAUAUUUACAAGUAUGUGUACGGGCUGUGAGGUUGUGCACCACUUAUGGUAACAAAAGCAACUCCACUUUGCUGUUAAGCUCAUGCUUCUGUUUUCCUGUGAGUUUCACUUAUUCUUCUGUGCAUUUUGAAACACAAAGCUUGCAGAAAAAUUGGUGCUUUGAUUGGUAACAGAGGACAGCCUACUGGAAAAAUACUCUUCAUACUUUCAGCGUCUAACAUGUCAUUUUCAAAGAUGUUUUGCUGCCAAAUGUAUAGCUGGUGUACCAGUGAUUAGCCUUUUUGAAAUGAAACAAUUAGCUGAGUGAUUAUUUGACUGUCAAAUAAAAAAAUGCUUUUGUAAUGUAUAAGAUUUGGGUGUUUUAGACUGCAGCAAAGAAGACAAUCAAAGACAUCAUGCUCUGCAUUUCAUAGACAAAAUGAUAAACUGCAAAUCUGUACGCCUGAACUGAACGUGUGUCUGAACUGAACACGUGUGUGCGUGUGUGCGUGUGUGCAUCCUGUGCCUGCCAGUUUGCUGCCAUUUUCAGUCCAUUGUUUUGUGUUCCGAACUGACAUUCCUCUUUUUCCACGUAGCUCUUUUGUGAUUUAUUCCAACCCUUUACAAUAGAAUCACACGUGUUGCAGCCUUAGAACUCAUACUGGUUUAUUCACGACAAUUGAAAGAACAUAUUUUCAACUCUGAGAAAAGUUGUUACUUUUAAUGAACAAAAGUCAACCUGCCUUACUGUAUUCACAAAAAAAUAUUCAUGACAAAACUGUAUGCUUUUCUUAAAUAAUUUAUUGUGUCUUUCCCUAUUGUUUUGUUAAAAGUAUCAGCUGUUUUGUUUUUAAAUAAAUGAAGUAUUUCUUGCAUUACUGCUGCCUGCUUAGUUUUUUUCUUUUUUUUGACCAGAACUGAUCAGAUGUUUGACUUUAUUGGAUUUCACGUAAUAAGGAUUAAUGGCUUAAAGGACAAACACAAAGAGGACAGGAAGAAGAAGAUUAAAAAAAAAUACCUUAGAUGCAAAAUAAACUGUCAGGGCAUUCAGUUCACCAAACUACUGACAUACUUUUAAGAUCAGUUGAAAGUCACUGAUGCAAUAAAAUGUCUAUUAAUUACAUACUUCCAC